AUGUUGCCUACCACAACCGAGAAGUUUGAUAAGAAAUUAUUACUUCUCGUGAAAGAAAACCCGGUCCUGUAUAAUACGAAUCAUGCCAGAUAUAUGGAUUGCAAUGCGAGGGAAGUUGCAUGGCAAAAAAUUGGGGACGAAUUGAAGCGGCCCGCUGCUGAUUGCAAAAUUCGUUGGAUAAACAUUAGAGACGUGUAUCGGAGAAUCUUGCGGCAGCUAGCAACUAAUACUGGUCUUCGAAAAAAACAGUAUAAAUAUGAAAACGAGAUAUCAUUUUUGAAACCCUUCUUUAAAGACAUUACAUCUUUCUAUAAAUACGAGUCAGACCAAGGCAGCGACCCAGUGAUUAAUGAAGAAGAUAGUAAUGACGGUUGUGAUGAACCUAUUCAGCCAAUAGUAGAGAGGAAAGUAAGAAAGAAAAGAAGAAGGGAAGUGCCAUGCCAAGAUAGCGAUGACCAGGAGGACGAGAAUCCGACUAUUCUUACAGAUACAUCAAUGCCAACUGAACUUGACGCAUCGGAUCCCGUUGAUGCAUUUCUGCUUAGCAUUGGUACAACGCUUAAGACAUUUUCCCCUUAUCAUUUAAAUGUUGCUAAAAGUAAAAUAUUUUCUAUAGUACAAGAACACGAACUUCAACAAAUUGUUCAAAAGGAACGGUCUGGCACAUCUCAUGAGAAUAAAAGGAUAUCCCCUUCAGAUAAUGAUAUCAAUUUUAUGGAAUAG